UUUAGGUACUGCAGAUACAUUCUCUCAAAGAUGAAUCUAUGGCUGUCAGCAGUUAUUUGUACUUGUAUAACAGGGUUACUGGUGGCUGAUAAAGUUGAACAAGAUCCUAUUAUAUCCACUAAGACUGGUGAAAAUGUCAUUUUAAACUGUACAUAUGAAACAGCAUACAGUAAUCCAUACCUGCACUGGUAUAUCCAACGACCGGGAGAGAGACCUCACUUUAUCCUACACAGGCAUCAGUUCAAGGAAGAGGAUGAACCUGGGGGAAAGUAUUCUGCUAAACUGCACAAAGAAAGCAAAUCCAUUGAUCUGAGAAUCUCUGGUGUCAGUGAGUCUGACUCUGGGCUGUAUUAUUGUGCUCUGAGUCCCACAGUGUCUCUCUCUGCUGCCUCCUCUGUACAAGAAGCUCUGGCUCUCCCCAUAGUGCUGCUGACUGACUCAUUGUCCAAGGCUGAUAAAGUCUUACAGAAUCCCUUUCUGUCAGUUCAGUAUGGGGAAAAAGUAACUAUAGAUUGUACGUAUGAAACAACAGACAGCAACCCAUACCUGCACUGGUAUAUCCAACAGCCGGGAGAGAGACCUCACUUUAUCCUACUUAGGUAUCAGUUCAGCAAGGAAGAGGAUGAACCUGGGGGAAAGUAUUCUGCUAAACUGAACAAAGAGAGCAAAUCAAUUGAGCUGAGGAUCUCUGGUGUCAGUGAUUAA